AUGCGUUUCGCGACUGCCGCUUCCUUUUUCCUCGCCGCCACGUUUGUUUCCGGUGCGGCCAUCCCGCAGCCAGGUGGUGAUGCUGCUGCGGCUGGUGCUGUGGCCACACCUGCAGCCACGCCUGCGGCGGCAGACGCCGGCACCGAAAGCGCAGAUGCUGCCGCUGCCGCAAACGCGCAGGCCCAGCAAGAAGCGAUAGACAAGCAAAAGCAGAUCGAAGAGGAGCACGCCGCAGCCGACGCGAAGGCCCAAGCGGAAGCUCAAGCCGCGCAAGAUGCCGCGAUUGCCGAACAGUCCAAGCAAGCCGCCGCGCAACAAGCCGCAGCUACACCCGCUGCAGCCGCUGCUACCCCUGAUGCUGCCGCCGCCGCUGCUGCUGCCACACCCGCUGCAGCCACUCCCGCCGCAGCGACACCGGCAGUAGCAGCGUCGAACGCAACCGCUCCCGACGCAGCGGCAGCAGCAGCUGCUGCCAUGGCCGAGAUGAUGGCGGCCGCCGACGAGCAAGCAGCAGCAGCCGAGGACCCGGCCGCCGCCGACCAGGCCGCUGACUCUGCCGAUGCCGAAGCUGAUCCCGCGGCCGCUGCUGGUGAUGCCGAGGCAGACCAGGCGGCCGCAGCGGAGGAUGCCCAGGGACAACAAGACGCCGCCGCCGCUGCGCAGGACGCACAGGCACAGAUCGACGCGGCGAAGCAGGCCCAGCAGGCCGCCGAGGCCAAGGCUGAGGAGUUGCAGAAGCAGGUGGAUGAGUUGCAGAAGCAGCAGCAGGAUGCUGCGGCUGCGGACGCUGGUGCCGCAGACGCUGGAGCUGCUGAUGCUGGAGCUGCUGACGCUGAUGCCGGUGCCGCUGAUGCCGGUGCCGAAGACGCAGGAGCAGCCGAUGCCGGUGCGGCCGAUGCUGGUGCUGAAGGUGCAGGAGCCGGUGAUGCUGCUUCGGCGGACGGUGAAGCUGCCGGUGCCGAAGGCGAUGCCGCAAAGGAUGGUGCCGCUGAUGCUGGUGCUGCCGAUGCUGGAGCUGCCGACGCGGGUGCCGCUGACGCAGGCGCCGCCGAUGAUGCUGCAAAGGCAGAUGGCAAGGGUGCUGCUGACGCCGAGGGCGGCGACGCUGCUGCUGCCGACGAUGCAGCUGGACAGGAGAACGCUGGCGCUGAAGGUGCUGCCGCGGCAGAGGGCGAGGCUGACCAGGAGAAGGGUGCUGGUGCUGAAGGCGCUGCUGCUGAGGGCGCUGCUGCUGAAGGUGAUGGUGCGGCCGAAGAUGCUGGCGCUGCGAAGGGAGAUGGCGCUGCCCAGGAUGAUGGCGCUGCUCAGGAUGAGGCCGGAGCGGAGGACCAGGCCGCGGAUGGUGCUGCCGGUGAUGGUGCUGCCGGUGAUGGUGCUGCCGGUGAUGGUGCUGCCGCGGAUGGCGCUGCUGAGACCGAUGCGGCUGCCGAGGGAGCUGCCGAGGAGAAGGGGGCCGCUGAAGCUGCUAGGAAGCCGGAGGGUGCAGGAUCGAAGCUUGCGGCGGUCAAGCGUUUCUUGGGGUUCUAA